AUGCGACUCUCUGUGCUUUCAACAUUUGACAAACAUCCAAAGCAUCUUGAGCUUUGCGUUAACACUGUUCGCCAUCAUGGUGGUUUCGAAGACAUGACAGCACGCAUAGAAAAGGUCCUAGCCUCCAAGGAUCCCGCCUUGACGGAUGAAAAUGACUGGGAGGAGUUUACCUUGAAGGAUGUCAAGGUCUACAUUCCUGGCAAGACGCGGUAUGCGAACAUCCUCUCUGCAUCAGAAGACAACCCUUUGACGGUCACCGGGCAGCUGGAGGAAGUCGAUGAAGGUCAAGAAUCUCUCGUUCUCGACGGCGAUUAUCUUCAAAAGCGCGUGGUCAUCCAAAAUGUGACGCAUUAUGCAUAUGGACAAGAUGGUGAUGGCGGAGUUGGAAUUUGGGCAGCUGGCGAUGCGGGGUGGUUUUCUAUUUCUCCUGCAAAGGGCUACAAGCCUAUGUUCAACGAAGUUGUCGAAGCUGUUGAUCUGCUAUACUUCCUAGUUGACCAGCACCAGCCUAAGAAGCGGAAGAGGAAGAAUCGGAAGCUGACCUGGGAACUUCUGCUGGAUGAGUACACACGACAUACACAUGGUGCCUGUGAGGAUGCUGAAGAAUCGUUGGAGGUCUUUCACAAACACCAUGAAUUUCUAAUAAGACAAAUGGUUCAAGGGAGGGAAGACAUUGACUGGCCUAGCACUUUGGUCUAUUCUCAUCUGCGUGAAGAGUUUCCGGAUCUGUUUAACGAUAAUGACUCGGAAGAAGACUCGAAAUCAGACGUGGUGAUGGGAAACUCAUUUUUCGAAGAUAUCACUAAACCCGAAAAAUCGCAGGCCAAUGCCAUUUUCGAAAUUAUCCUAGAUAUGAAAGAUGCGGGUCUUUUAGCCCAGCGGAAAUUACACUUGAAGAGUGUGGCCGAGGAAUUGCUGGAGAAAUAUGAGAUGAGCUCUUUGGAGGAUGCAAUCAAUCUAGUAAAUUCACGGGCAGGAAGUGUGAUAAAACUUAUGGACGAAGCACAGGGAACAUCCUCAGACUGGAAUCGAAGGGCAAUAUAUCGGCAAUUGCAAGAGGCCACGGAACUUUCAGAUAUCCCGCCAGUUGGCGCAACGCCUCUCCAACGCCGACAGAAUAUAGACGCAUCUGAAUCGGGCUCAGAACCCGAAGAGGAAGAUGAGGAUGAGGAUGAGGAUGAGGAAGAAGUUCCAGUAAAGAAGAAUCGAAAGCGGAGGAACCGAAAAUCAAUUCUUCGGCCAAAGACGUCUGAAAAAGCUGGUAAACGAAAUCGAGACUAUGCCUCCGUGGACUCCGAAGAUGAUAUGGAGGAUAUCCUUGUUGCAGAAGACACGCCAACAAAAGGAGGAGCACAGUUGAUUCAUGAAUCUUCACCACCUGCGGAAAAUGGAGACCAUCCCUAUUUUAACGGGGAGGUCGAUCAGGGUGACAGUGCAACCACGAACGGACAUAUCCCACCAGAUACAUGGGUUUGUCCUGUUGCCGGAUGUGGGAAACAAAUACCAAAAGCUACGUUGAAGAGGUCGAAGGGAGCAAUUGAUGACCAUAGCCUCGUUCAUGCCGAUGACACUCAAUCAAAACUUGACUUAGUAUUUGCGGAGCAACGCCUGAACGUGAAUGCCUCCGUGAAUAAUCUGUUAAGCCGCAUCCGUGGUCUAGGCGGUCCUGCGCUUCAGGAUAUUAUAGGAGACUCUACUGAUCCGACGCCUACGAAUAUAAACAUAUGA